AUGCGGAGACGGGACCGUUGGCUGGGCAAAGGCAUAAGUCAACGGCUCCAAGGCACGCAGCGAGCUCCGCCAGCAGCUCCGAGCCCCUCGCCUUCAAGCAUUUCGUUACAAAAACCCGUCCUAUCUGCACUAGCAGCGUCCGUGUCUCCGCAGCUACCGGCUACCGGUCCGCUCCUACCGCCUAGCUCUCCGCCAUCACCGUCGGUCUCUCCAACCCCAGCGCCCGUCGCUCAGGGCUCUGCGGCUAUCGCUGGAGCCACAGGAAACCGGGCGCUGGAGACGGCAAUCGAAAAGCAUAUACAACAGCUCCCUGAGGCUGAGAAAGAUGCGUUCCGGGUGGCUGGAACCGCCGUCACCGAGGACAACUUGCUGUCGAGGGUUGAAGACUGGGAUGAGGCCCACAAGCGUGAAUCGUCCUUCCGUCCGCGAGCACCAGCUCUAUCGAAGUUCUUGACCUUCCUCGAGCGACCCAUGAGCGGUGUUGCUAUCGGUGCACAAUCCAACCCAGACAUAUCAUGCAUCGUCGUAGGUGCGGUAAGGGUGGUGAUUGAUCUUGCGGUCCAGUUUGUGACCUUCUUCGAAAAGCUCACCGACAUGCUGGGUCGUUUCGAAGACUGGCUCGCCCCGCUUGCGGAGUACUCAAAAGCUUCUCGCGAUUUAGAUCUGAUCCAUAAGACGGUUGCUAAAGUCUACGGCGACCUAUUGCAUUUCUGUAGCGGGGCACGCCGCGUGUUCUUGGACACCAACGGGAACCCGAAGCCACAAACAUCACUAAGGAUCUUCUUGCGGGUCCAAUGGGAGCCAUUCGAAGCGUCCUUUGGGAGCAUUGAGCGUGAAAUGAAACACCAUUUGGAUGUUGUUCUCCAUUCCGCACAAGCUAUACAACUCAGUGACAGCCGAAUGGCGGAGCUGAAGGCGGAAGAAGAAAGACGGCGCGUCAGGGAAAGAGAGAAUUUGGCCGAACGAGAGAACUUUUUAGACUGGAUCUCCAAGAUCGAUUUUGACAAGACUCAUGACGCUAUAUACGCCACGAAGCAUCCUGGCACAGGUGACUGGCUUCCUCAGACACAACAGUUUAGGGACUGGCUUUGCAGUUCUAGCUCUACCGUGCUAUGGUGCCACGGUGCGCCUGGAGCUGGCAAGACUGUGCUCGCAUCCAACGUACUGGAGUAUAUCACAAACUUCACAGUCAAACGCGGCAUGCGUAGAGAAACCGGCGUCUGCUUUGCAUACUACAACUACCGAUCCCCCGAGUUUGGAGAUUCUUCUCUGAUCGUGUCAGCAUUCAUUAAGCAACUGUGCCGUAAGAAAGAUGCCAUACCACCGUCCCUCCUCAAGCUCAAGCACGACUCCCAGGCUCCGUCCACAGCAACCGCGCAAGAGUUGUUCAUUGAACUAGCCCAAACCUUUAACGAGGUAUUUGUAGUCAUAGAUGCACUCGACGAAUGCCUAAGGGACGAAAGACACCAGAUACUGAAAUUCAUCUGCGAAGCUGGGAAGAGCCUGCCAUGUGCAAAGAUCUUCGUCACCAGCAGACGGGAAAACGACAUCGCCACUGCUUUCAAGGACAAUAACAUACCGACGAUUGAGAUCAAAGCGGUGAACGUCGCCGAAGACAUCAGGCUUUUUGUGGAAGAUCGGGUGGAUCUGCUAAGACAGGGUAUUCAUGGGAAAAAGCUCUUUCUGAAAAGCAGCGCGCUCGCGGACAAAAUCAUAGCCACUUUGACAAACAAGGCGGAGGGCAUGUUUCUAUGGGUUAAUCUCCAGCUCGACAGCCUCUGCCGUGUCAGUCAAGCACGAAAGGAUCGACUGAUUGAAGAAGCACUUCACACCCUGCCGCGAGGUUUAGACGAGACAUAUACCCGGAUACUAAGCCAAAUUGACAGCCAAGAGAAGCAUAUGAAAGAUCUCGCUUUCAGGUGCUUCAUGUGGGUGCUGUACUCGAAGACCCCGCUCAGCACUGCGCAGUUGCGACAUGCUGUAGCGAUAACAGAUACCUGCAAGCGUCGAGAGGAUCUCGAGCUGGACGAUAUCGACGUGAUACUUGAAGCGUGUGCCAACCUUUUCGUUAGAAAGUACGGCGAUAUCCAACCAAUUCACUACUCGGUACAGGAAUUUUUCACAAAUCCACCGGCCGGUGUCCUGCAAAAAUCUUGCUUGAGGCAAAUUAGCGAGCCUGACUUCGUCCACACGAGGCUUGCUAGUGCUUGCCUGCAUUAUCUACAACUCGACAGCCUCCGUUCUGGUCCUUGUCAAAAUUCAACGGAACUCGACUUUCGCGUUAAGAAUGGUGUUCCCUUUAGCUUGUAUGCGGCUGCAACAUUUGAUCAUCACUUGCAACUAUGUGAAAACAUCUCUGAGGAGGUGUACCAUCUGAUAGAUACGUUUCUCCACCAGGACAGCCCUCUCCUAGCUUCCGUCGUGCAGCUCCGGAGAUCAUCAGACCGGGACUCUGCCUAUGAUGAUUUUGACCCGGUUAAUUUCUCAGUCACUGCUAGUACAGUACUGUAUGCCACUCGGCUUUACAAUUUGCCCCGGAUACGCACAAGAUGGGCCGCGCUCAAACCACCUAAAUAUGCACUACAUCUGGCAUGUUCCACUGGUUUGUUCGAACUAGCCGUUCGAUUGGUAACAGACGGCUAUAAUGUUGACGAAGUGGAUGAGAAAGGUAUUACACCGAUUUACCACGCAUCGGACCAUGGGCAUACACAGGUUGUAGGGCUUUUACUCGGCAAGGGUGCAGCUCCGAACGCGCAUAGCGGAAUUUACGGUAACGCUUUGCUAGCGGCGUCAAGUAAUGGCCACAGGGAGGUAGUGGAGCUGCUACUGAGCAAGGGCGCAGACGUGAAUGCGCAAGGCAGGGGGUACAGUAACGCUCUGACAGCGGCAGCGUGUGGGGGUUAUAAGGAGGUAGCAGAGCUGCUACUAAGUAAGGGCAUAGAUGUUAACGCGCAAAGUGGACACUACGGAAGUGCGCUACAGGUGGCAUCCGCUGAAGGUGAAAAGGAGGUCGUAAAGCUGCUGCUUAGCAAGGGCGCAGACAUUAACGCGCAAGGUGGACACCAUGGAAAUGCGCUGCAGGCGGCGGCACUCGCUAGAGGUAAUAAGAAGGUGGUGGAGCUGCUGCUUAGCAAGGGCGCAGACGUUAAUGCGCAAGGUGGAUUCUAUGGAAAUGCGCUGCAGGCGGCAUGCUGGGUAGGUAAAAAGGAGGUGGUAGAGCUGCUGCUUAGCAAGGGCGCAGAUGUAAACGCGCAAGGUGGACGCUAUAGGAAUGCGCUGCAGGCGGCAUCCGCUAGAGAUAGAAAGGAGGUGGUAGAGCUGCUGCUUAGUAGGGGCGCAGAUGUAAACGCGACAGGCGGGGAUGAGUUUCGCAACGCGCUGCACGCCGCGACCUCUCGGGGCCACGAGGAGAUAGCCGAGUUGCUGAUAAGCUGGGGCGCUCACGACAGCGAGGAUAACGCCGGAAGCGACGAUGAUGGUGAAGACGAAGACUCGGUUUGA